AUGGCACCCACGGCUUGCACUGUUCGACACGCACGUCGAGAAGACGUACCCACAAUCCUCCAACUGAUUCGGGAGCUGGCCGACUACGAGCACGAACUCGACGCCGUCGAAGCUACCGAGGCAACUCUUCUCUCUACUAUAGCCUUCGCACCCGACAAUGCCGAGUCUACGCCCACGGCCCCAAACACCGAGCCUACAUCGCCCAGCAAACCGGCACGGUGUCUCCUGCUCUUCAACGGCCAAGACCGGCCUGCAGGAAUGGCCCUCUACUUCUACAACUAUAGUACCUGGCGCGCCAAGGCCGGCAUAUACCUGGAAGAUCUAUUCGUACGGCCGUCGGAGCGGAAGAAGGGCUUUGGGAAGAGGUUACUCGUCGAGCUAGCCAAGGAGGUCGUGGCUACGAAUGGUGGGAGACUGGAGUGGAGCGUCCUCAAGUGGAACGAGCCGAGCAUCAAGUUUUACGAAUCGAUAGGCGCAAACGCCAUGAACGACUGGGUCGGCAUGCGAGUCGAUCGUGAAGGCUUGACCAAGCUUGCUGGCUUGUUAGACUGA